UUAAAAGCCAACCAGGAGCCUCGGUUCCAGCAGUGGAGCGAGAAAAGACCAGGAGGUAAAGUACAGACUGACCUGAGCUGCUGAUAUUCUUCUGCUGACUGCAACCAAGUUCUCCCACUAUGAAGGUGGCCAUUGUKUUCGUCCUGCUCUUCGCCACAGUUCUCUGCCGACCGGCGAGAAAACCUAACAGUGAAAGCUCCGACAGCUCUGAGGAGGUGGUGAGAAGACCAGCGCGCCCGGUCAUCAGAAAACAGCAAAAUGUUCUUUCUAAGCCACGAUUGGCUCCAGUUCAGAAAGUCGUAGCUCCAGCUCAGUCUGCAUCAGAUGAGAGUGAAGAUGCUUCAGAUGAAACUCAGGAGGCGGCGGCUGAGCUCCCAGUGCAGGUCAAAGCUGGUGGCGCACAAGCAGAGACCACUCCUGCCACCAGUGAGGACAGCGACGACAGCGACGAUGACCAUGAUGACGACAAAGAGGAGAGUGACACAGAUGAGGAGGAAUCUGACUCAGACUCAGAGUCUGGAGAGUCGUCCACCCCGGUGCCCGUCACCGUCACCCCAACGCCCGGCGUCGUCGAGCCGGAGACCACGCAGGAAACCAUCGAGCCGACCGUCGUCACCGACCCCGACGCUGGUCGCGGGGACAGUUUGGGAGGAUACAUCGACGACAAUAAGUCCAUCCUCUAUGUGGAGGAGAAGUCCUACCAGAAGGGCCCCAACCCCUACAAAUCCUACGAGAUCGUUGGCAAGAAGGUGGCCUAYGACAUGACUAAUGGCAACGAGGUGGAGAAGUUCCCAAAGCUUUACAAGGCGCUGCAGAUCCACUCUGACAUCAUGGAAGAAGACACCAGCACCCCAGAGGUGGAGACCCAGGGCCUGGACGCCUCUUCUGGACUCUCCCAGGACCAGGACGCCAGCGCCCGGCAGGCCGCCGUUCCCGCCGAGGACGACAGCGCCAGCAGCGGGGCGUCCACCGCCAACGACAGCGAAAGCAGCAGCACUCCAGAGGAAGAGGAGGAGGAGGAAGGUGCCAGCUCCCCUAGUGACAGCGCCAGCGCCGAAUCCGAGGACGCCCAGAGCAGCGAGGAGGCCACCGCCACGCCCGGCGCCGCCGACAGCGACUCGGACGAAGACGACAGCGUGGAAAGCGACUCGGACGAGGACGGGGCGGGACCGAGCCCCACCGACACGCCGGUGGUCGUCACCGCCAAGUAAGGCGUCCAGGAAGCGGGGCGGACGGCGGCGUGAGAACAGACCUGCCCUCUCUCCUCUCCUGAGGCCACUAGAACUGCAGGGUCAAACAGGGAAACCACAGCUUCUUUACUAAUAGCUCUAAUAUUCCUCUGCGUUAUUUAUCUGGUUAUUCCUGAACGUCUGGAUGAAAACAAACGUUCCUGCUGUGGGUUUUAUUCAAACAAGGCGAUACCUCCUGCUUCCUGUGGCGUGUAGGUUAAUUGGUCCCAGAGGGGAGAACCAGAGGACGGUCACCAUGACGACCGCUACAGGAAGUCCUCUGCCCCCAUUCACCCUCCAACUGCAAGUCACAACUGCUCCAUUACGUCCUCUUGUCUCCUCCAACAAACAAAGGAAUCCACAUUUAAUAACUGCAAACUGAUUUCUGUGCUUUAGAAUUAGAGGAAAAGGAACAUUUUUAAAACAAUUACUUGGAAUAUUUUGAGUGUAAUUGGAAACUUGUAGCCAGUGUGGCUAAUGCUUCAUUGCUAACUGGUUCACAUGUUKUACACAAAAGGAUGCAGACGGAUGAAACUGCAUCGCAGUGYAGACUUCAGUCAGGAAUUAAAAAUAAACRCAGUCCUGUUGAUUUGCACAGAUCCCACCUGCUCCAUGUGUUUUCAGUGAUGUUUACUGUAAUGUAUCAUAUUGUACCAUUUCUAAAGUAAUAAUAAAGUUCUUUUUCAUAUAAAAACGA